AUGGGUGCUAAUUUGAUGAGAAUACAUGUUAAAGAACAAGAGAAGAAAAGAAACAAAACAGAAAGAGUUAGUCUUUAUAUAUUGCGUUUAAGCGAACAAGAUUUGAAACAGCGUUCGAAAUGGAAAAGCGAUGGAUUCGGUAUUGGAUGGUAUGAUCAUGAGACACAAGAUCAAGAUACAGUAACACCUUGUAUCUUUACUUCUGUUACACCUGCAUGGAGUAAUAUCAACUUGACGCGCUUAGCUGAAAAGAUCAGGAGUCCUCUUGUGUUUGCUCAUGUGCGUGCAAGUACUUCAGGCUCUGUUUCAGAAACCAAUUGUCAUCCAUGGUCUUAUGGUCGUUUAAUGUGGAUGCAUAACGGUGGUAUUGCUAAAUUCGACAAGAUCAAAAGAAGAUUACAGAGUGCUUUACCAGAAGACAUCUUUUUGUUUGUAGAAGGCAAUACAGAUUCUGAGUGGGCUUUUGCUUUGUUCCUGAGUUUUCUUUCAAAUCCUAAAGCCAAUGCAUUUGAACAUCAAGAACUAAAGCAAGCCAUGCUCAAGACAGUAGCACAAUUAAAUGCUUGGGCAGAAGAAUUUAAUAUUACAGAAGUAAUGACAGAUGGAGAAACUGUGGUCUGUAUUCGUUACAUUAGUAGCAAGACAGAAGAAGCUGCAUCACUUUACUUCUCUUCAGGCACACGAUUCGAAUGUUAUCGUCCUGGACAUUACCGUAUGGUGAAAGCAGACAGAAGAGAAGAUAUUGUGGUUGUUGCUAGUGAACCCCUUACAUUUGAAAAGGCAGAUUGGCUUACGAUUCCUACCAACAAUAUCUUGGUAGUUACACCUAAACUGAAUGUUUUAUUGCAACCCAUCAAAGAUCAAUUCUAUACACCAGAAAGAGGCAUUGAAGUCAAAUUAGGAGAUGAAGAUGUUGCUAUCAUACCAGAACCAAAAGCUCAACUAUUGAAAGCCCAUAUGGAAAUGCACCAUGAUUCGACUAUUUUAAUCUGA